UUUAUACAAGUUGGACAUGACCUCUCUGCGAAAGGUGGGGGAGUAAGCAGAGUCGAACAGGGCGCUGGUGGUGUGUGCUGGCCGUUUGUCAUAAGGACGUAAUGCUUCAGUGCGGAAGUUGUCGAGUCCUCCUGGCCAGCCGGUGCUGGAGCUUCGCUGUCAGACGCAGCUUUAGCAGCUCUUAUGAUGUGGCAAUUAUUGGUGGGGGCAUCGUGGGGCUUGCAAGUGCCCGAGAACUCAGCCUGCGGCACUCCAACCUGAGCUUCAUUAUCCUGGAGAAAGAAAAUGAACUGGCUUUACACCAGAGUGGUCAUAACAGUGGUGUGAUCCACAGUGGGAUUUACUAUACACCAGGGUCACUGAAGGCCAGACUUUGUGUGCGUGGUGCUGAUCUCUCUUAUAAGUAUUUUGACAAGAAGGGCAUUCCCUACAAGCGCUGUGGCAAGCUCAUUGUUGCUGUGGAGCAAGAAGAGAUCCCACGGCUUAAGGCUUUAUAUGAAAAAGGUAUUAAAAAUAAUGUUCGUGAUCUCCGAUUGAUUGAUUCCAAGGAGAUCAGAGAAAGAGAGCCCUACUGCAGGGGUUUGAUGGCUCUUGACUCUCCUUAUACUGGUAUUGUGGACUGGCGUCUUGCUGCUCUUACCUAUGCCAAAGAUUUCCAAGAAAUGGGUGGUAAAGUAGUCUCUGAAUUUGAAGCCAUAAACAUCAAGAUCUCUGCAGAGAGCUGUGAAGGAAGUGAAGAAGGAAUGAAGUACCCAAUAAUAAUCAAAAGCUCACAGGGGGCAGAGGUACGAUGUCGCUACGUGUUGACUUGUGGUGGACUUUACUCUGAUCGCCUAUCCCAAAUCUCUGGCUGCAGCCCAGAACCUCGCAUUGUCCCAUUCCGUGGAGACUACCUCGUUUUGAAACCUGAAAAGCACUAUCUGGUUAAAGGCAACAUCUAUCCGGUUCCAGACCCCAAAUUUCCCUUCCUUGGAGUUCACUUCACCCCACGAAUGGAUGGAAGCAUCUGGCUGGGACCCAAUGCGGUCCUGGCUUUCAAAAGAGAGGGCUACCAGUUGUAUGAUUUCAACUUGCGUGAUUUUGCAGAUGCCCUCAGCUUCAGAGGUCUACAGAAAUUAGUGUAUCGCAAUAUCACUUACGGGAUCGGUGAAAUGUACAGAAGCCUCAUCAUCAGUGCACAAGUAAAACUGCUGCAGAAAUACAUACCAGAACUCUCUUCCAGUGAUGUCCUCAGGGGUCCUUCAGGAGUUCGAGCACAGGCUUUAGAUCGUAAUGGAAACCUCGUGGACGACUUUGUGUUUGAUGGAGGAGCUGGAGAGUUAGGAAGCCGUGUUCUUCAUGUGAGAAAUGCACCUUCCCCUGCAGCUACUUCAUCCUUGGCUAUUGGAGAAAUGAUUGCAGAGGAAGUUCAAAAGAGGUUUGAGCUCUGAAAUGAUUGGGUCAGCUGAAUAACCAGUCAUUGCCGAGUAAGGACCUGAAGAAUUAAGAAUGUACUGGAACCAAUGUUUACAGAAAUUCUGUUGUUGAAUAUCUACUUAUUAACACUGAAAGGACAGUGGCAUGCAUGGAAUAAUCAAAAUAAGCAGCAGAUAAACUAACCUAGUUUUUUUUUAUUAUUAUUUACAUGCUUCCACAGAUAGAUAAAUAAAUGUAUUUUUAUAACGGCCUUCCUAUUUAGCAGUGGAACAGAAUUUGUUAAUGUACUUCCUUUUUUAACUAUGCAACAUAAAUGAAAUGCUUCCUUCUCAGCCUUUUUUUCUCGUAUGAAAUAAGUACUGCAAGGCAGUAGCCAAAUUCAUGAUAUCAUUAGCCUUGGCAUACAUUAAAGAUGGCAUCAUUGUAUUUUUUCACCAUGAAGAGAUGCAUGAUAUUUUUUUACAACUAUGUUGAGAUGGAAUGUUUUGACGUAUAACUUUGUUUACUGAGACAUUUAGGAGACACAUUGACCUACUACUGAUCUCCCCCUUCUGAGAUGAGCAUGAGCAGCAUUGCGUGAUUCUAAAGCCGUUAAAUGGUUGAUAAAGUAUUGGACCCUGGUUUCAACAGGUAUGUUAACUAUAGCGGAUAUGUCAUUAGCUGCUAGGUUAGAUCUAAAACUUAUGUGUUGGGUGAAUGCUUUGAAUCCCAAAGCUUGCAAUUCAAACUUUUACUGGUUAGAGAAGUAGCUGGGAAUUAAUACAGUGUUGCUAAUGUCUUAAAAUAGACUCAUAGCUCAUAUUGCACUGUGUUUGUUGUCUUUGUCUCCAGAAGUUUACCCCUUGCUACAGUUUGAAAAUUGAGAAUUGAUUUUCUCUCAUUUCUUAAGAAUAGUAUGGCUGCAUAAUUUAUUUCCAUAUAAUUUGGAUGUGAAGAAAUUAAGUAUGGAAAAUAGACUUUUUGGAAAAUUUCUCAGUCCUAAGGUUUUGCUUAAAAUUAAACCACCAUUGUUCAUUAUACUGUGAUCAUCAUACCAGUGAGGAUAAUUAGCACAUCUGUAGAAUUAAUGUGCCUGUUUUUUCAGAUGUUCUCAGAAUUGGCAAAAAUCUUCUAAGAAUGCUUUUAUUUCCAAACAGGCUGCUAAAGUCUUCCUUUUUUUUUUGAGUCCUCCAAAAGCACAAUGUUGCUUUAGAUUGUACAUAAAGUUAUGUAUAAUUUUAGUCAUUCAUUUUUUGGCUGUCAUUGAACAAGUUAUAAGAAGAAAGUGCCUUUAACUGUGAAAUUAUUGAACUUAUUUUAGGAUUUGGCUGAGGAGAGUGGCUAUUCACACAAGGCCAUCAAUACAGAUAAGCCUUUUUAACAGAACUGAAGUAGCAGUGUUGUUAGUAAAUAUUAUUGUUAAACUCAGGGUUUUCAAAAUAUUUUUUUCAGUUUUUAAUCUUAAGAGCAAGAAGUCCAACGUAGUAAAAACAAAAUUCUUUUGUUGUCUGCUGUCUAAACAAAAAGAAGUCCAUCGUGAUUUAAAAAAAAAAAUACAUAUAAUGAAAUUGUGCUUCCUAACUUAGGAAAUUCUGAUGAAUUCUAUUUUUGGCAUAUUUAUUUAAAAUGCGUUAUUGGCUAAAAAAAAAACUUUAAAGGUUUAAAUGCUUUAAAGGGCUGAGUUCCUGAGGAGUCUUUACAUAUAAUGUUUAAGGUACUGUUGGUCAAGUAAUUUUUUUUAUUAAUAAAGUAUCUCUAUUCUACUGUU